GAAAUCGUUCGUAUUACUUCGUUAGCCGUCAACUGAUUUACGUCGUUUCUGUUUUGAAACUCUCAUUUAAGCUGAUUUUUGUGGACUUCCUGGAUGUGAGGCAGGGCCAGCCAGCGGAAGGAACAGCAGCAAGGCGGACCAAUGGCCCGGAACGUGCUCGCCAGCAGCCUACUCGGCGCAGGCUUCAGCAUUAUCUUUCAGAUACUAUGCCGCAUCCUAACCUUCGGCAUCAAUGCCUAUAUCGUCCGGCAUGUCGGCCGGGAGGUGCUGGGGAUCAUGAAUGUGCGCCUGCUGCUCCUCGAGAGCACCCUGCUCUUCCUGUCCCGCGAGGCCAUCAACCGGGCCGCUCUAAGUGCCAAUGCCCAGCAGGGUGAUCGCUGUACCUGGGCCCAGCUCAUCAAUCAGAUGUGGCUGACAGUCCCCAUUUGCGCUGUUCUGUGCGCUCCUUGCCUCUACAUCUGGAUCAACUGGCUCUCGGCGGUGGACAGCAUUUACCUUAGUCAGUAUGAGUUUGCCUGCUAUGCGGUUGCCCUGUCCUGUGUCCUCGAGCUGGUCGCCGAGUCGGCCGUCUUCGUCGCGCAGGUCUUCUGUUUCGUCAAGUUGAAGAUCCUCCUGAACACCCUGCACAUCUUUGUGCGCUCCGCCAUCUUCCUGUGGAUCGUCACCGGGGAUGGGAGUGCCGCCAUCAAUGCCUUCGCCAUUGCCCAGCUCUCCAGCGCCGUCACCAUCGUGCUGGGUCAGUAUGGUUUCUUCUAUUUCUAUCUGAAGGGCUUCCAGGACUUUGUGGCUCAGCAGUCGCGCAAGAAGCCACCGCCACCCAAGGCCUGGCAGUCAUCGCUCUACAAGAACAUGGACGAUUUCCCCUUCAAGCGACUGCAGGACUUUCUGCCGUGUGUCCUGUUUAAUCCCGCCGGGAAGACAUUCAACCGAGAGCUCCAAACUUUGACCCUAAGCUUCGUGAAGCAGGGCGUCCUCAAACAGAUCCUUACGGAGGGCGAGAAGUAUGUGAUGUCGGUGUCGCCGGUGCUGAGCUUCGGGGAGCAGGCCACCUACGAUGUGGUGAACAAUCUGGGCAGCAUGGCCGCCCGCUUCAUAUUCCGGCCGAUCGAGGACAGCUCCUACUUCUACUUCACCCAGACCCUCUCCCGGGACGUGAAGCUGAGCAAGCAACCGUCCGAUAUGGUCCGACAGGCGGGCAGUGUCCUCAAGAACCUCCUCCUUGGCGUCAGUUCCAUCGGUCUGAUCGCCUUCACCUUCGGCCAGAGCUACUCCCAUCCCGUCCUCCUCCUCUAUGGUGGACCGGACUUUGUCGCCGGUGGACUGCCGCAGAGCCUGCUGCAGUGGCACUGCCUGGCCAUCUAUCUGCUGGCGGUGAAUGGGAUCAGUGAGGGCUACAUGUUCGCGACGAACACCAGCAAGGACAUCGACAAGUACAACUACCUGAUGGCAAUCUUCUCGGUCAGCUUCCUGGUGCUCUCCUACAUCCUGACGGGCAUAUUCGGACCGGUGGGCUUCAUCUUCGCCAACUGCAUCAACAUGUUGAGUCGGAUCCUCUACAGCACUCACUACAUCCGCCAGCAGUAUCGUAUCCUGUCCAUGGACCCACUCCUGGGCCUCUGGCCGGGCAAGCUCUUUGGCGGCACCCUGAUCCUGGCUGGCAUUGUGUGCUAUUUGUAUCAAGAUUCGGAUCUGAUUACCCACUUUGGAGUGGGUAUCCUGGCUGGGAUCGCCUGUCUCCUGGCCUGGGCCCUGGCCCAUCGGGAUCUGGUGCGUCUGGCCUGGCGCUAUGGCCGUCGCAUUAAGAUUGAUUAGAGGGGGAGGUGGCUUCUCCAGCCACUACCACCACCGCUACUGCAUCCCAAAGAUCGUUCGUUCGUUCUAGUUGAUUUCCUCUCGCCUCCCCCGACGAAACGCACACUUCCGAGCAGAAUCGAACCUAUUACGACCAUAUUUGUAUGGAUAUCGGUUAUAUAUAUUUUAGUGGGUUAAUUUUUUUGAAAAUUUCAAGGAAAUUUCAAGUCCAGUUAUUAGCAAAAAAAAAUAUUGUAAAAUUUCCCGUUAUUGCCCUUUAUUCCAAAAAAAAGGACUUGGAAUUUUUUUCAAAAAAUAACCUCAAAAUUCUAGUAAAAUUUUUAGCUUUUGAUGUCUUUUGGAAAAUUUAACUUAUUUUUUUUGGAGUGUAGACAUUAACCCACUAUAAUAUAUAUUUCAUAUACACAUUUAUAUUUAUAUAUUUAUAUAAUAUAGCUGACAAUUGUAAAUUAUUCCGAAAUUAAGUUAUUACGACUUAUUGCGUGUUUGUAUAGGCUUCCAGUGCUUAUUUAAUUUUUAAGACACAAGUGCAUCAAAAGACAACGAUAUAUGUUCAAGUUUCUACCUUUAUAUCACUAAUAUUACCGGUUAAUGGUUAAUGUUAACAAUAUGCCUUAGGUUGAUCAAUAAAACUGAAAAUUGCUGAA